GCUGGCCCCACCCCCCGCGGGCACGGCCGCCCUCCUGCCGCUGCCGCGCAGCCACUGGAGCCGGGUCCCGGACCACCAGAGCGGGCAGGGGGAGGCGGUGCGGCCCGCUGGGUCCGGCUGAAUGUGGGCGGCACCUACUUCGUGACCACCAGACAGACCCUAGGCCGGGAGCCCAAGUCUUUCCUCUGUCGCCUCUGCUGCCAGGAGGACCCGGAGCUGGACUCGGACAAGGACGAGACAGGAGCCUAUCUGAUUGACAGGGACCCCACCUACUUCGGUCCUAUCCUGAACUACCUCCGCCACGGGAAACUCAUCAUUACGAAGGAGUUGGCUGAAGAAGGUGUUCUGGAAGAAGCGGAGUUUUACAACAUUGCAUCUCUUGUGCGGCUGGUUAAGGAACGGAUACGGGACAAUGAGAACAGAACUUCUCAGGUAAUAGGUUUUGAACUCUUUGGGGGACUGUUCACCAUGUUCUUGUCUUGUCAGCUAAUCAGCAUCGGAUCCUCCUAUAACUAUGGCAGUGAGGACCAGGCCGAGUUCCUCUGUGUUGUCUCCAGAGAACUCAAUAAUUCUACCAAUGGCAUUGUCAUAGAGCCGAGUGAAAAGGCAAAGAUUCUACAGGAAAGAGGAUCUCGGAUGUAAAUUCCAGAUUCUUAACCAUCAAGAGAGUGAGCCGGCCGAGCACCUCGUGAAGUUAAGUCUUUGGUCCUGUACAGUAACCGAGCUCCUGCAAGGCAGAGCUGAGCCUGGCCCCCCAGUGGAGAAGCGUGCUGGUCAAAACCAAAGGAACCCCUGCCCACCCUCCCCCCCCCCCAGGAACCUGAAGACAGAUGCAACUUCCGGCUGCAGAAUACCUUUUCAGAAACCUGCUUUUGUCUUCUUAGCCAGUGUUAGAACAAACGCUUACCACAGCAGCCGGCCUAGGCUCCCAGCGGGAGCCCUCUCGGGGAAUCCGGGGGAAGGGAAGCGGAAGGCCCGGCUCCCUGCACACGCCUGCGCUCCAGGGACGCUGGAGCAGGUGCAGGAGGAUCGGCGCUGUGCCGUGGUGUUUUCACCUGGGUGCC